AUGGAAAAAUCAUCGCUGAAUAUUAAAUCUUUCCGCAACUUGUUAUCGAACCAGAACAAGAAUUACAAGAUUUCUCCUAAAAGUAACCAUUAUCAUCCCACCGAAGUAAAGCUGAAUGGAUUAAAUGGUUCGAUUGAUGAUUCUACGGGUUCUUGUAACAUCGAGGAGCUUUAUUCUAUAAAGCGAGCAAAAAGCGAAGAUAGCGAGUGCAGUAAACGAAACUCAGCAGAUGUAAUUUGUGGGAAUUGGGUGAAAUUUUUCUCCAAUUACAACAGCAGCUUCUGUCUCACUGUAUUGACACCUGUGGCUUGCAGACAGAGUUCGUUGUCUGUUAGCAUCUUUCCCUUCAAGUUCACAACUUGUGAUGUACUUUGUGAUAUAUUUUUGAAAUCUGAUAACAGAAAAGAAAGAAAUGAAAAAAAUAAAAGACAAAGCAAAUUCUGUAGAUAUUUAUCACGAACAGAAAUUCUUCAAACUUUUCUUCCUACUGUCGAUUCACAAUCACAUAACUUGACAAGAAAGAGUUUGGAGUGA